AUAAACAAUAUCGGUGAAUAUUCAAUAUGCCCAAGCCAAUACAGCUAUAUUACGAUUUCCUGUCGCCCCCUUCCCGUGCCCUUUGGAUUGCACUGAAGUGGGGCAGGACCCCUUUCGCAGAUUGCCCCAUUGCCCUGCGUAAAUUCGAGCAGUUGACGGAUGAAUACAAGAAUAUAAAUCGUUUUCAGAAGGUCACAGCCAUAGUGGACGGAAACUUUCAUUUGGCCGAAACUGUGGCAAUUGUGCGUUAUCUCUCAGACAAAGGUCAAUUCAGCAACCAGCUAUAUCCCAGGUCUGUGGAGGAACGGGCCCGCGUUGAUGAAUAUCUGGAGUGGCAGCAUUUGAACAUUCGAUUGGCUUGAACUUUGUA